AUGGCCUCAACAUUUUCUGUCGAGAAAGCCCGGGCUCAAUUUCCAGCUUUGGCACAAGACCAGAUUUUCGGUGACAACGCUGGCGGAAGUCAAGUCCUUGGAACAGUCGCAAAGAGUAUCUCGGAAUACCUAGUGAACAAUAACGUGCAACUGGGAGCGAGCUACAAAACAUCCAAGAUCUCAACGCAAACAUUCGACAAGGCGUACAGAGUUGCCGCCGAUUACAUCAACGCCGAUGCCGGUGAAAUUGUUAUUGCUCCUUCAACAACCCAAGCUUUCCGCAAUCUCGCUGCAGCUCUAAAAUUGAAGGCCGGUGAUGAAAUCAUUCUUUCUAAAGUUGAUCAUGAGUCCAACAUUGACCCGUGGUUACACUAUGCAACUCUCGCCGGCGCGACAGUAAAGUGGUGGGCACCUUCUGACAACUUGAACCCAAAGCUCGAUGUCGCAGGACUUCGGAGUCUCUUGACACCAAAAACUCGUUUCGUCGCUUGCACACAUGCCAGCAAUAUCUUGGGAAGCAUUCACGACAUCAAGGCCUUUGCCGAUAUCGUCCAUGAAGUCCCGGGCACCCUACUGUGUGUUGACGGUGUUGCGUACGCACCACAUCGGGCGAUCGAUGUAAAGGAAAUUGGAGCUGACUUUUACGCCUUCUCUUGGUACAAAGUGUACGGUCCACACAUCUCUUUGCUGUACGGGUCCUUCAAGGCACAAGAGCAGCUCCAGUCACUUGGACACUACUUCAAUCCAUCCGGAACUUUGAUGGAUAAGCUCGAACUAGCUGGGGCCAGUUACGAGCUCACCCAGGCAAUCAUGCCCCUUGUCGACUACUUGGGGCAAAAUCCGAAACAGACCUGGGUUGAAAUAGCCCAGCACGAAGAAGCCCUACAAAAACAUCUUCUCGACUACCUGAAAUCGCGACCUGAUGUCUCCAUCUUCGGCGAUACUUCUUCUGCAGCUUUGGUCCGAGUGCCAACUGUGAGCUUUACUGUGAACGGGAGAUCGUCCCAAAGCGUUGUGGAGGCUGUAGAGGCCCAAUCUAUCGUUGGGAUUCGAUGGGGCCAUUUCUUCUCCAAGCGGUUGGUUGAGGAGAUUCUCGGUCUCGGAGAGGAUGGCGUUGUCCGAGUCAGCUUAGUACACUACAACACUGUGGAGGAAGUUUCUAUGAUCAUCGGGGCUCUGGAGAAUGUUUUGGGAACUUCGCUUCCCAACCCACACACCAAGUACACGGGAUUCCAGCAAAUCCAUAACCCAAACCGGGAAUGGCCCAACAAGACAUUGGAUAAGCCUCCUAUUUGGCUUUCAACUGAUUUGCGGGAUGGAAACCAGUCUCUCAUCAACCCUUUGACGAUUGAGCAAAAGUGGGAAUACUUCCAGAUGCUUGUGGAAAUUGGCUACACUGAGAUCGAAGUCUGCUUUCCCGCCGCAUCCCAAGUCGAAUUUGAUUUCACAAGGCGCCUGAUUGAGACGCCCAAUAUCGUUCCUGACACUGUGCGUUUGCGCGGCCUGUCACCCACUCGCGAGGAUUUCUUGGCUCGCACAGUCGCCGCUCUCCGUGGGGCCAAGAGAGCUUCUGUUUGCACUUACAUCUGCGUCAGUGACAAGCAGCUCAAAUAUCAAGGCUUUUCGCGAGAAAGGGCACUCGAGCAGGCUGUCAGAUCUGUCCGAUAUCUGCGAUCCAUCACCAAAGAUGAUCCGGAAUCAGCCGCUGUGACGGACUGGACCAUGGCCUUUGGCCUCGAGUCUUACAAUGAGGCCGACCAUGAUUACGCUGUGAAGAUCACCGAGGCCGUCAAAGAGGCAUGGGAGCCCACCGUGGAAGACCCCUUGGUUGUCGUUUUGGCAACCAGCACCGAGGUCGCCACCCCCAACGUCUUCGCUGACCAGGUUGAGACCUUCCGGGCAUCUUUGUCUGACCCCGAAAAGAUCUCCAUCUCAAUCCACACCCACAACGACCGUGGAUGCGGUGUUGCCGCAGCUGAGCUUGGCAUGCUUGCAGGCGCAGACAUGGUAGAGGGGUGUUUGUUUGGCAACGGAGAACGCGCUGGCAAUGUUGAUCUCGUCACACUAGCCUUGAACCUUUACUCGCGCGGCAUCCACCCCGGUCUCGACUUUUCGAAGCUGUACGACAUCAAGCGAAAGUACGAGAAGCUCACAGGCCUCAUCGUAUCCCAGCGUAUGCCUUACACUGGCGAAUUUGCGCUCCAAGCUUUCAGUGGAAGCCAUCAGAACAUCAUUCGCAAGGGCAUUGCCCAGCGCGUCGAGGCCGCGGAGAAGGGAAUACGGCCAAUUUGGGACAUUCCUUACCUGCCUCUUGACCCUGAGGAUUUGGGAAUUCCCCUCGACACAAUCAUUCGGGUGAAUUCUCAGAGUGGCAAAGCCGCUGCAACCUGGAUUCUCAACAGACGUUGGGGACUUGACAUCCCUGUCGAAUUACAAGUCAACUUUGGAGGUCGGGUCCAGAUGAUGUGCGAGGCCCUUGCGCGAGAGAUCUCCCACCAGGAGGUCAUCAACCUCUUCAUUGCCAGCUACGCACUUACACCAAGUGAGAAGCACGAUGGGGCCUCAAACAUCGGCAGCAUCUCCGUCACUAGCGACGGAACACUGCAGACUGUUGUUGGAAUGAUCAAUCCUACUGACGGCUUUGCCAUUCGCAUUGACGGAACUGGGCCGGACAUCGCCUCCGCUGUUGUCAGGGGCCUGCACUUCAUGAAGGACGUGAAUGCUGUUGCCAAGAUUCAUCACACUCAGCAGCUCUCUGAUCGGUUUGAUGGAAAAUUCUGCGCGCUUGCCAGCUGCGUCGAAGGAGACAAAACUACAUGGGGCUACUUCAUUGACGAGAACGAAGAGAACGCGCAAGCGAUGGCGGUCGUUUCGGCUUCAUUACACAUGUAUCGUCGCAAGUUGUCGACAUUGCCACUAAAGAAACAAAAUAAUGUGGUUAAGAUUGCUACGACGGCUGCAUCCCAGCAGACUGCGGCCUCAGCCUGA